AUGUUCUACACGGUUGUGGCCAGGACAGCGCCUCUUGUGGGCCAGGGCAGCCUCGGUCUUCAUGCGGCCAUGGAGCUCCUCCGCACAAACGCCUUAUUCCGCGUCAUGAAUGAGGAUUUCUUUCAUGCCGUCAUGACGCGCCUCACCAGCGAGCUACGUAAGGCACUCAAGGCGGCUAUCCGGUGGCCUUUCUGUUGCUGGCAUGUGCGGACCUGGUGUUCAAUCUGUCCAAGAUGCUGGGCAAGGGAGCCAGUCUGAGGAAGAGGAUGGUCAAGGGUUUGAGGGAGAUGGCCGAGCUGGUUGGCGAGUCGGUGCCAUUGCUGUCUCAUCUGGGGCUACGGGCGGCUGCGUAUCGCACCUGAGAAGCUCUUCCAGGCCACGGUGAGACUGACGUUCGAUGAAUAAAUACUUGUGUGUGUUCUGUUUUCACUGUCUUUGUGUGUGUGUGUGUGUGUGUGUCCAGCAAGAGGAGGGAGGCGAGGUGCUGGAGUGGCUCGAGCAGACCGGCACAUCGCUGGCCGGUGGGUACGGUGAGGCAGACGUGGGCUUGCAGGAGCUCAUGAUGGUCCUCACGGGGCUGCUGAAGGUCAGGUGGCGCAAUGACUCCAUACGAAGGUGAGUAGAGAACGAGAUCUUGAUAUCGAAAUGGUGCCUCGAUUCAUCCAUGGUUACUGUGAUGUGUUUGCAGUGACAAACGACAUGGUUGA